AUGCUCGCGAGGAACGCGCCCAGCAAACAGCGCGACACGCCCGCCGAGUCCGAAGCCGAAGACGCGCUGUUCGGUGGCUCGUCGCUCCCUCUCGGCGAACAGCUCCCUGGCGACGCGGACGCAGGCGGUUCGGAAGAGGCGGAAGAGGCGGCGGCGGAGGCGGCGGCGGCGGGAGAGGCGGGAGAGGCGGGAGAGGAGGAGGCGGAGGAGGAGGAGGAGGCGGCGGCAGGGGAGGAGGCGGCGGCGGCGGAGUCGCAGCCGUCCGCGACGCUCAAGCCACACAAGCUCAAGGUCCCGGACGCGACAAUCGUCAAGGUGCUCGAGCUCACGCGGCAGAAGAAGUCCCCCGCUCGCAUCAACACCCUCCUCGAGCGGCUCGGGUGCCGCAACUCCAAGGGCGCGUGGUCGGAGAAGGGCGGCAAGGACCUCAUGGUGAUCGGCCGCAUCCUCGAAAGCCAGGGCGUCGCGCAGGGUGACGGCACAGGCGACUCGGAGGACGAGGAGGACGAGACCGAGAUGGAGCUCUCCGCCCGCCUCUCCAAGUCGGAGCUGCAGCGGCGGUGCGACGAGGCGGGCGUCGGCCGGUCGGGCACGCGUGCGCAGAUGGUCAAGCGCCUGGAGGAGGCGGAGGGCGAGGAGGAGGACGAGGAGGAGGGCGAGGGCGAGGAGGAGGGCGAGGGCGAGGGCGAGGAGGAGGACGAGGACGAGGGCGAGGAGGAGGAGGAUACCGAGCUCGCAGAGCAGCGGAUCGAGGCGAUGCACAAGGAGGGGGGCACGCAAGCGGUGGCGGCGCUGCUCCAGGAGCAGGGCGACAAGGCGCCGUCCAAGUCAAGCAAGGGCAAGGCUCACGCGAGUGGGACACGCGGCUGCCAGGCGGAGGCGCGCGACGGAAAGGGGGCGGGCCAGCGGCGUCGGUCCGCCGAGAACGCGAGCCCACAGCGCGUCCUCCGCUCCGCCUCGAAGCCCGUCGACCUGGACAACGACGAGAGCGACGGGGAUGGCGGCGGCGGCGAGGAUCCGGCGUCAGCACGCGCGGCGCCGCCCAAGAAGCCGCGCGCGGCAGCGACCCGCAAGGCUCCCAUCGACGUCGUCUACCUCGAGCACCCGAAGAUCGCAGGGUGUUUCGCCGCAGUCGUUGCGAAGGGUGUGAGCUUCGAGGCGAUCCAGCAGGAGUUCAAAAGCUCACUCGAGCUGAGCGUGGACAAGGUCCAAUACCACGUCAACGGCACGCGCCACGUCGCGUCCGACUCCGCCGGCCUCGAGCUGAUCUUUGCCGCUGCGGCCAAGGAGGGCAAGACGUCCUGCACGCUGCGCCCAUUCGAUGUCGCGGCGACGCUCAAGCAGAGCGGGGCGGACGAGGGCAGUGUGCGUCCGCCGUUCACCGAGGCCUCCCCGCGGCCGCUCGGCGGUGGCGUCGCCUCGUCCUCGGCUCUCGUGCUGCAUGAGCCGGAGGGCACCCCCGCGUGGCUCGGCGCGGCCGAAGGCGAGCUGGCUCGCGUUCCAUACGGCGAGCGCCAAGCCACGAGCCGCACACACCCGGCUGCACAUACCGUUUUGCCUCAAGGCCUCGCGCCGGUCUUCCCUCUAGGCGACCCGAGCGCGAGCUGUGGGCGCAUCGCCGCCGAUCCGCCCGCCGCCGAGCCGAUCGACUGA